CAUUCGCAAUCACAAUAAAAGCAAUCUCUCCCUCUCCUCCUCUGACCUUGUGUUCGGCUCAUUGUUCCAUGGCAAUUCCAGUGAUUGAUUUCUCUAAGGUUAAUGGCACAGGCGAAGAGAGGGCCAAGACAAUGGCUCAGAUUGCCAAUGGAUGCGAGGAGUGGGGUUUCUUCCAGCUGAUGAACCAUGGAAUCCCAGAGGAGCUCCUAGAGAGGGUGAAGAAGGUUUGCUCAGAAUACUUUAAGCUGGAAAGAGAAGAAACCUUCAAGAACUCAACAGUAGCAAAGACUUUGAAUGACUUGGCUGGGAAGAAGAGCGGUGAGAAAUUGGAGAGCGUGGACUGGGAAGAUGUCAUCACUCUCCUAGAUAACAACGAGUGGCCAUCCAAAACCCCCGGAUUCAAGGAAACCAUGACUGAAUACCGUGCUGAGCUGAAGAAAUUGGCCGAGAAGGUCAUGGAAGUGAUGGAUGAGAACUUGGACUUACCAAAAGGAUACAUCAAGAAGGCAUUCGAUGACGGAGAAGGAGACGGUGCCUUCUUUGGUACCAAGGUUAGCCACUACCCACCAUGUCCUCAUCCUGAGCAAAUCGAUGGUCUCCGAGCCCACACCGAUGCUGGGGGUGUCAUCUUACUCUUCCAAGAUGAUGUGGUAGGCGGCCUUCAAAUCCUCAAAGAUGGGCAAUGGAUUGAUGUCCAGCCAAUGAAGAACACUAUUGUCAUCAAUACCGGUGAUCAGAUUGAGGUCCUUAGCAAUGGCCGAUACAAGAGUACAUGGCACCGUGUUUUGGCCUCCCCGGACGGGAACAGAAGGUCAAUUGCUUCUUUCUAUAAUCCAUCGCUUAAGGCAACUGUAGCUCCUGCACCAGCAUUGGUGGAGAAAGAUAGCGAAAAGAUCAAUCAAACUUACCCCAAGUUUUUGUUUGGUGAUUACAUGUCUGUUUAUGCUGAGCAGAAGUUCCUUCCGAAAGAGCCCAGGUUCCAAGCUGCAACGGCCAUGUAAAAAGGAGCAGCAGCUUCACAUUAAGAAGAUGAAACCUUUUCUUUUUCUAGUAUAAGUUUUUAGUGACAGGUAAUUUGCCUCAUGGCAGAAGGCUUCUUUCUCUUGAUCAUACAUAUGAAGAGAAACGAAAGCUUGUUAUAUCCGUGUGUUUUCUUUUGAUUGUCUAUGUAAUUUCCUUGUUUUGCAAUGAUGAGGUGCUUACACUACAUUUGCUAAAGUUUGCUUUGUACAAUAAUAGUAUCCUAUAUAAACAGUACUGUGAAAGCUCUACAUCUUCAAGAAA